UUCUUAUUUACGAUUUGUCGCAAGUGUCGUCGAGCUGAUGAACUCGUUGCAAACGAAAAAGUUUUAAUUUUGUGGUUUUUAUUCGAACUUUUACUAUUUCUCUGUGAUUUGAAUGCGAUAUUGAGUUGUUCCGAUUGUCCCUGACGUUUUUUUUUGUGAUUGAAUCAUUCGAAUAUGUCCAGCCCAGCGAGAUCCACUCGAGGCCGCCGACAGGAAAAUGGCUCGCAAAGCACUCCUUCAAAGCAAACUACCUCCAACAGCGAGACGGAAACCCCUCUGCGUAUGGGAAGUAGAUCCCAGAACCCAAACGUUGUAGUAGACAGUUCCGAUAAUGUUACCGUUCCUACGUCGCCGGCAGUGGGGGGCUCCGGAACGGCCAUGGCUCCACCAACGAGUCCUUUCAAUGCCGGCGGAGGAAGCGGGGCCGUAGGGUUGAGCGAGCUCGAUCUUAGUUCGCCGUUGAAUUAUGGAACGCCUAGUUCGAUGGGUUCAAUCCGUACGCCGCGGUCGGGAAUCCGUGGCACUCCGAGGAGACAACGCCCUGAUCUUCGGGGAGAUAGACACGCCCGCCAAGUCAAUGUUGGCUCCGAUCAGCUGGAACCAAUUCCGGAAGGAAGUUUGCAGUCGGAGGCCGAUUCCGUUGGAGCUAGCCAACCGAAGAUGGUUGUUUGGGGCACCAAUGUGGUGGUCUCGGAAUGUCUGAAGAAGUUCAAGGACUUCAUGAUGAGGUACAUAGAUCCGGAUGCAGCGCAGGACGAAAUUUCCGAAGGCAUGAACUUAAAUGAACCGCUGUAUAUGCAAAAAUUGGAGGAGAUUAAUACACUGGAAGAACCGUUCCUCAACGUUAAUUGUGCCCAUUUGAGGACGUUCGAUGAAGCGCUGUAUCGCCAGUUGAUUUGUUAUCCGCAGGACGUGAUUCCGACGUUCGAUGUGGCCGUUAAUGAGAUGUUCUUCGAGCGUUAUCCGGCCGCUAUUUUGGACCACCAGAUUCAGGUUCGUCCGUUCAAUGCGGAGAAAACACGUAGCAUGCGUGCGCUGAAUCCGGAGGACAUUGACCAGCUCAUCACUAUCAGCGGAAUGGUGAUUCGGACCUCAAACAUUAUGCCGGAAAUGAGGGAAGCAUUCUUCAAAUGCAUUGUCUGCAGUUUCAGCACGGUCGUUGAGCUGGAACGGGGAAGAAUAGCCGAACCGACGCUCUGUUCGCACUGCAACACCAACCAUUGCUUCCAGUUGAUUCAUAAUCGGUCACAGUUUGCUGAUCGCCAGAUGAUUAAACUUCAGGAAGCACCCGAUGAUAUGGCUGCUGGUCAGACACCUCACAAUGUGCUGCUACUUGCCCAUGACGAUUUGGUGGACAAGGUACAACCGGGAGAUCGAGUUACGGUUACCGGCGUUUAUAAGGCAAUGCCAAUUCAAGAGAAUCCACGUGCACGCAACGUCAAGUCAGUUUACAAGACGCACAUUGACGUUGUUCACUUCCGCAAGGUUGACGAGAAACGCUUGUAUGAGCAGGAGGAAGGCAAAGACCACAUGUUCCCUCCGGAGAGAGUGGAACUGCUGAAAAAGUUGUCGCAGAAACCGGACGUGUACGAACGACUGGUUAGAACAAUUGCUCCCUCCAUCUAUGAAAACACCGAUGUCAAGAAAGGCAUACUGCUGCAGCUGUUCGGCGGUUCGAAGAAAAAACAGGCCACAUCCGGCCGACAGAACUUCCGUGCGGAGAUUCACAUUUUGCUCUGUGGAGAUCCCGGUACAUCCAAGUCUCAGCUGUUGCAGUACGUUUAUCAUUUGGUGCCAAGAGCGCAGUAUACGUCUGGAAAGGGAUCGUCAGCGGUGGGUCUAACCGCAUACGUUACAAAAGAUCCCGAGUCGCGCCAGCUGGUUCUGCAAACAGGUGCUUUGGUGUUGGCCGAUAAUGGUGUAUGCUGUAUCGAUGAGUUCGAUAAAAUGAACGACUCCACUAGAAGCGUGUUGCAUGAAGUGAUGGAACAGCAAACGCUCAGCAUUGCAAAGGCUGGCAUCAUUUGCCAGUUGAACGCCCGUACCUCGAUCCUGGCAGCGGCCAAUCCAGCCGAAUCAGAGUGGAACUACAAUAAAACUGUCUACGAAAACGUUCAGCUUCCGCCCACGUUGCUGUCGAGAUUCGAUUUGAUUUUCCUUAUUGUGGAUCCCAAGAACGAACAAUUUGAUCGGCGUCUCGCAGCACAUUUGGUCUCGCUUUAUUACGCCAGCCGUGAAGAUGACGAGGAUACCCUUUUUGACAUGAGUGUUCUGCGCGACUACAUCGCCUAUGCCAAAGAGCACAUCAACCCGGUAAUCUCCGAAGAAGCACAGCAGCGACUGAUCCAUGCAUACGUUGAAACCCGCAAAGCCGGAGCUUCCCGGGGCCAACUAUCAGCCUACCCGAGACAUUUGGAAAGUUUGAUUCGAUUGUCCGAAGCGCAUGCCAAGAUGCGCUUCAGCCAGACCGUUGAUGUAGUCGACGUUGAAGAGGCCUGGUAUCUGCAUCGCGAGGCGAUGAAACAAUCAGCCACCGAUCCGCAGACCGGAAAGAUUGACGUUGCUAUUUUGGCGACUGGAAUGUCCACUUCCGCAAGGAAAAGGCGUGCUGAGCUAGUUGCCAGCAUCAGGGAAAUCCUGAGGACCAAAGGCAAAAUCUUGACACUGCCAUAUCAAAAAUUGUUUGGCGAAAUCAAAGAGGCAUCUCAAGUGCUGGUCGAAAAGGAUCACUUCGAGGAUGCCCUCAAAGAACUUCAAGAUGAGGGCGUUAUUGUUAUUGUGGGUAACAACACCAUCAGGAUAUGCUAACAUGCAAUGAGCCACAUUGCUAUACGGUACCUUUCUUCUUACAAAUAAUCAUUAUUCAUAAGGUUAGUAUUAAGUUGUUUUCACGCUGAUUGCCUAUACAAAAUACAUUUCACCUGUAAAAAUCCUCGUAAUACGCUGCGAUGAC